AUGGGCUAUUGGGACCCAGUCUUCAUCCGACCCAUUGCGGCCAAGCGUCCCAUUAUCAUGUUUGAUCCUCCUGCGGUAGGACAAAGCAGCGGUGGCACUGAGCGUACGCCCACCGACAUUAACGUCAUGGGGGAUGACCUAAACGCGUUUCUCGACGCACUCUCUCUAGAGUUGAUCGACCUUCUGGGAUUUUCGAUUGGAAGCAUGGCAUGCCAAAUGGCGACCCUUGCGAAGCCAGCACGGGUCAGGCGCUUAGUCUUGGUCGGAGCCGAUCCGUCGGCGCCAAUCCCUGGAAAGCACUUCUGGCCUAGAACGGAUCCCAACCUAGAGCGGUUUAUCGCUUUGCAAAAGAGUGCUACCGAGGCUGAGUGGCAGAACGCUUACAAGUUAACCUUCUUCCGAAACGACGAGCAGGGUAAGGCCGCUUGUGAUGCCUACUUUGGGCGACUACGUAAGAGCGAGUUCAAUGAACGCGCGGCCGACGGCGGGCUUCCGGCAUUCAACGACGUGGAGAGCUUUAUGAUGCAGCUGGGGUCCAUCAAGCACUGGUGUGCUCCUGGCGAUGAGAACAAGCAUUCCUUCUACAGGCUGCACGAGCUUACCAUGCCUGUCCUCGUCAUGACCGGCGACGACGACUACCUGGUCCCGACGCCUCGAAGCUACGAGCUGAUGCAUGCCAUCCCCAACUGCAUGCUGGUUAUCUGGCCGCGUUCUGGCCAUGCAUCUAUCUGGCAGUACGCGGAGAACUAUGCGGCAAAGGUUAAUGAGUUUCUAAAUGAUAGCCUUGACGGUCUUGCUGGACCUCGCUUGUAA